AACCACAGGUUCGCCACACUGCCAGCCUCUCUCCGAGCACCGGGAGGCGCGGCGCCCUGGCACGGCCCGGCCCGGCCCGGCCCACCAUGGGAGCCCAGGAGCACUUUCUGGUCAUCCGCGGGAAGAACUGCUGUAUCUUUCCAGAAGAAACCAUCGCCACGGUGCUGCCGCCCGUGCUGGCGCUGGAGUUCGUGUUCGGGCUCCUGGGCAACGGCCUGGCCCUGUGGAUUUUCUGCUUCCAUCUCAAAUCCUGGAAGUCCAGCCGGAUUUUCCUGUUCAACCUGGCCGUGGCUGACUUCCUCCUGAUCAUCUGUCUGCCCUUCCUGACGGACAACUACGUGAAGAAGUGGGACUGGAAGUUCGGGGACGCCGCGUGCCGGCUCAUGCUCUUCAUGCUGGCCAUGAACCGGCAGGGCAGCAUCAUCUUCCUCACGGUGGUGGCCGUGGACAGGUACUUCCGCGUGGUGCACCCCCACCACGCGCUGAACAAGAUCUCCAACCGCACGGCGGCCGUCAUCUCCGGCCUGCUGUGGGGCGUCACCAUCGCCCUCACGGUUCACCUCCUGUACACCCGGAUGCUGGUCCCCUACGGCUCCGCCAACCUGUGCAGCAGCCUCAGCAUCUGCAACACCUUCCAGUGGCACGAUGCCAUGUUCCUCCUGGAGUUCUUCCUGCCCCUCAGCAUCAUCCUCUUCUGCUCGGCCAGGAUCGUCUGGAGCCUGCGGCAGCGGCAGAUGGACAGGCACGCCAAGAUCAAGAGGGCCAUCCGCUUCAUCGUGGUGGUGGCCAUCGUCUUCGUGGUCUGCUUCCUGCCCAGCGUGGCCGUGCGGAUCCGCGUCUUCUGGCUGCUGUACACCUCAGGCACGCGGAACUGCGCCAUGUACCGCUCGGUGGACCUGGCGUUUUUCAUCACGCUCAGCUUCACCUACAUGAACAGCAUGCUGGACCCCGUGGUGUACUACUUCUCCAGCCCGUCCUUCCCCAACUUCUUCUCCGCGCUCAUCAACCGCUGCCUGCGGAGGACGCCGCCCGGGGACCCGGAUAACAACAACCGCAGCACAAGCGUGGAGCUCACGGAGGAUCGCGGCGGCAGCAGAGGCGCCCCGGAUGCGCUGAUGGCCAAGCCCAGCGAGCCCUAGAGCCCCUCGUGCCUGGCCCCGAGCUCGGGCGCAAUAACUGGGCUCUGGAGGGAGACCCUCCCCCGGAAGCGGGAUCUCUGCAGAAACGCACGGUAACAUCCUUGGACUUGGCCUGCGGUUGUCUGGAACUUCCAGAUUCAGAGAAGUGGGUUUAGACAGACAGCGGGGCAGAGGGGCCCCUGGGCUGCGAACUGCGACCACAGAGAUCUCGGAGGAACGAGCAGAGAGCAAGGUUUCCAGACAGCGGAAGCUUCUGCUUCCACUCGGACGCCUGCAGCCCGCAGGACGAACAAACCGCCCACCUUUGCGCCUGGCAGUCAGAGCCGCGGCUCCCCACUUCAGCGCCUGCGCUGCGUGGCUUCUUCCUGCCCCUGCCUGAGGCGUGGGUGAGCCUCAGCUCCCAGGGCGCCGUCGAGCCCGUCUGCGGCCCAGCAGGGACAAGAGAGCCUAGAACGGGGGAGAAUCACGCGGUCCUGGGGGGCGCCCGGGAGCCUCUAGAAGCCAGGAGUCGCCUGGGUCUCAGGGCCCAAUUCACCUCCCGGCCCUGCGCCGCCCGCAGAAAUGGCCAGGGCGGAGACAUCCGUAAGGUUUGGGGGACACCCGAGUUCCCCGUGGUGGCGAGAAAGGGGGUCAGCCCCGGGGGAGGGCUGAGCUGACCAGUGUUCAGGGACAGCACUGGCCCUAGAGCUGCAACCCGGGACCCAUCCGAUCCGGCUUGUUUACACUCUGCCCAGGGCAGGUAAAAAGCUUCAGGGGAGAGCGCCGCUCCCCCACUGUUUGCCGUGAUCAGGAGGACAGAAUGUGGUGCUGGCCCGAUGGGUCCCUACCGGGAGCACUGCCUCCCGCUCAUUCGCCUGUGGUUUUGUUCUUACAAUAAAUCUACUCUUUCAAUAAAUUUUGACAGGAGA